AUGGGACGGAGCUGCUCCUUCCUCCUGCUCCUCUUCCUCCUGCCCCCGUGGCCCAGAGCCACCGUGGCGCUCCUGCAGUACCGCCACGACUGCGGGGAGCUGGGAAUGCAGCUUUUAGUCUUCCCGCCCCACGGCCGCUCUGUCCGCUUCAAGGUUCUGGACGAGUUUGGCUCCCGCUUCGACGUGGCCAACUGCUCCAUCUGCCUCCACUGGCUGAAUUCCAGGGAGGACGGCUCCGUCAUCUUCUCCUCCGGCUACAAGGGCUGCCACGUCCUGUUCAAGGAGAACCGCUACAUCCUGCGGGUGCAGCUGGAGGAGCUGCUGUCCAGCGGGAUGCCGCUCACCUCCUACGAGGUCAACAUGACCUGCCCCAAGCCAGGUGGCUCCGAGACGCUCCCAGGCGGAAAGCGGGACCAGGCCCGGGACAACGGAGUCCUGGUCUCCCACCAGGUCUCUGAGUCCUCCCUCACCCUCGUGGGAUCCCAGUUCACAUCCCAAGACCGCUUGGAGCAGGUUCACACCGUGGGACAGUACCAGCCCAGCUCAGCGCUCCCUGGGAUCCAGCACCAUUCCAGUCCGGCUCACUCGGGGCUUCUGUCCCAGCCUGGCGGGGUUCAUCCUGUCGCCCAAAUCCAGGGAACCUUCACCCGCCCGGGAGUGCAUUCCCCCCAGCCCGGGGGGCAGAGCCAGCCGGGGAUGCUUCGCCCGGUGCUCGUAUCCCAAAACCAUCCCAGUUUGCUGCAUUCCGGGGCGCAGAGCCAGCCGGGGCACCUGCAUCCAGGCUUUGUAUCCCCAAACCAGCCUGGGAUGGGGCAUCCCGGGGGCCAAAACCAACCAGGGCAACUUCGCCCAGGGUCCGUAUUCCAAAACCAGCCAGGGGGUCAAAACCAACCAGGGAUUCGUCCAGGGUCCGUAUUCCAAAACCAGCCAGGGGGUCAAAACCAACCAGGGAUUCGCCCAGGGUCUGUAUUCCAAAACCAGCCAGGGGGUCAAAACCAACCAGGGAUUCGUCCAGGGUCUGUAUUCCAAAACCAGCCAGGGGGUCAAAACCAACCAGGGAUUCGUCCAGGGUCUGUAUUCCAAAACCAGCCAGGGGGUCAAAACCAACCAGGGAUUCGCCCAGGGUCCGUGUUCCAAAACCAGCCAGGGGGUCAAAACCAACCAGGGAUUCGCCCAGGGUCCGUAUUCCAAAACCCUCCCCAGGGCCAAAACCAACACGGACAAUUUCGUCCAGGGUUUGUAUCCCCAAACCAGGCUGGGGGCCAAAACCAACCAGGGCAAUUUCGUCCAGGGUCUGUAUUCCAAAACCAGCCUGGGGGCCAAAACCAACCAGGGAUUCGUCCAGGGUUUAUAUCCCACAACCCUCCCAGGCGCCAAAACCAACCAGGGAUUCGCCCUGGGCUUGUGUCCCACAACCAGCCUGGCUUGAUGGCCACUGGUGCUCAGACUCCAGCAGGAUUCCUGCGCCCGGGAGCUCAGCCCCUGAACCGGCCGGGAAUAUCUCAUCCCAGCCAUCACUCCAACUCCCAAACCGGGCUCCAAGGCCAGCCUGAGCUGCUCCAUCCCGGCCAUCCCAACCCGGCUUUGGUGCCCCCGGGACUCUCAUCCUGGCCGGGUUUCAUCAGCCCUGGACUCCAGGCUCAGCCCCAGCCAGGCCUGGGACGCCCAGGGCUGCAGCCCCAGCCUGGAUUGCUGCAUUCUGGGAUUCACUCCCAGCCCAGCCUGCUGCAGUCCACAGCGCUCUUCUACCCCUCGGCGGGGGCAGGGAUGCCGCUGACGCGGGAGCAGUGCCAGGUGCCGGUGGGCCGGCUGCCCUGCGUGGCUCCGCAGGGACGGGAUGGAUGCCUGCAGGCGGGAUGCUGCUACGACGACAUGGACCGUACCACGCCCUGCUAUUACGGGAAUACCGCCACCGUGCAGUGCCUGCUGGAGGGACACUUCGUGCUGGUGGUCCCGCGGGGAACGGUGGCCCAGCCGUACAACCUGGACAGCGUGCGGCUGGCCAGCAGCCAGGCGGGAUGCGAGCCCCUCCACGCCUCCGAGGCCUUCGUCGUGUUCCGCUUCCCGGUCACCCACUGCGGCACCACCGUCCAGGUGGUGGAGGACAAGCUGAUCUACGAGAACCAGCUGAUCUCCACCAUCGACGUCCAGGGUUCCCCCCGUGGCUCCAUCACUCGGGACAGCGUCUACAUUCUCCGAGCUCGGUGCAUCUACAACGCCAGCGACCUCUUUCCCUUGGGAGUGGAGGUGGCCGUGCCCCCCACCGCCGCCCCCCUGGCCAUGCCGGGCCCGCUGGGGCUGCAGCUGCGGAUUGCCACCGACGAAUCCUACAGCUCCUACCACCCUGUGGGUGACUUCCCCCUGGUGAGGGUGCUCCGGGACCCCAUUUACGUGGAAGUCCGGCUGCUCCAGAAGACGGAUCCCAAUUUGGUGCUGGUGCUGCACCACUGCUGGGCCUCCCCCGGCCCCCACGCCACGUCCCAGCCCCAGUGGCCCAUCCUGGUGGAGGGGUGUCCCUUCCAAGGGGACAACUACAGGACAAGGCUGAUUCCCAUGGGUCCGGCCUCUCCGGAGCUGCCCUUCCCGAGCCACUACCAGCGCUUCGUCAUCUCCACCUUCGCCUUUGUGGAGCCCCCCGGAAUGGCUGUGCUGGAGGGGGAGGUGUACAUCUCCUGCAGCGCCUCCGUGUGCCACCUGGCCCAGCCGGAGCCCUGCCGGCCCUCCUGCCAGCUGGGAGUGCCCUCACGCGUGCGGAGGUCCGUGGGGGGCAGGAGGACAGGUGACGUCACGGGGACAGUCAUAUCCCAGGGACGCGUCGUCUUUCCCGAGGCUCCCGAGAGAAGGGGAACCCAGCAGAGAGGCUGAGGGCUCCGGACCCCACCUGGACGCUGUCGGAUGUCUCUGGGAAAGCUGGAAAAAUAAAACUAGCACAGAGCAC